AUGUCUCUCCACCAGAAACAAAACGUCGACCACAUCGAACAAGAUGUCACCUCCCAGAAAGAAUGGAGCCACGUCCAAGGCGAGCAAGGCGCCUCCAUCGACCGCAACAUGUCCCUCUGGCAAGCUAUAAAAGCCUACCCGGGUGCCAUAGCAUGGUCAUUCCUCCUAUCGUCGUCCAUCAUCAUGGAGGGGUAUGACAUUGUCCUCAUUGGCAAUCUCAUGGCUCAGCCGGCUUUUCAGAAGGCUUAUGGUGAUUGGUACGGCGAUAAACUCGGAUAUCAGAUUUCCGGGCCGUGGCAGGCUGGUCUUGGGAAUGGAACUGCUGUUGGGACUAUCAUUGGUGCUUUUGCUAAUGGUUGGCUCACGGAGCGGUUCGGAUACCGUCGUACGCUUGUUGCGUCUCUUGUCGCUGUCACGGGAUUCAUCUUCAUUACUUUCUUUGCGCAUGAUCUUCCGAUGCUUCUUGCGGGAUCUAUUCUCUGCGGUUUACCCUGGGGCGUUUUCGCAACUAUGGCUCCUGCCUACGCCUCAGAGAUCUGUCCCAUGGCUCUUCGUGGCUAUCUCGCCAACUACGUCUGUCUCUGCUGGGCUCUCGGCCAACUCCUCGCCGCUGGCGUCUUGUUCAGCUUUUCCGACAACGCAACCCAAUGGGCGUACCGUCUUCCCUUUGCGAUUCAGUGGAUCUGGCCUAUUCCUCUCAUCAUCAUUCUCUGGUUCACACCUGAAUCUCCGUACUGGUUGGCCAAGAAGAAUCGUCUUGAUGAAGCAAAGGGUGUUCUGAGACGUAUUUCGGCGAAGAGCAGCAAGACAGAUGAGGAUCUCGACAAGCAGCUUGCAAUGAUUGUUCAUACCAACAAGAUCGAGAGUGAACAUACCAAGGGCUCAAGCUACCUUGACUGUUUCAAGGGCAUCAACCUACGGCGCACUGAGAUCGUUUGUCUUGUCUUUGUCGCCCAGAACACAACUGGCGUUGGUAUCGGCGGUACACCUACCUACUUCUUCGUCCAAGCCGGCGUCGAUGCCAGCAACUCCUUCAAGUUCGCAACCGGUGCACUUGGCCUGGCUUCAGUCGGCGUCAUCAUCUCCUGGUUUCUCAUCUACCGCAUCGGCAGAAGAGCGCUAUACGUCUGGGCCUGCGGAAUCUGUACAGUACUUAUGCUCAUCAUCGGUAUUCUCGCCAGCGUUCCCCAGACUCAAGCUGUUAGCUUCGGUCAAGCUGGUGUUGUCCUGAUUUGGGAGAUCGUGUUCUACGCCACCAUCGGACCUGUUUGUUACGCCAUCAUUGGUGAGAUUCCUGCCGUUAGUGUUCGCAGUAAGAGUAUCUGUCUUGCUCGAAUCGCCUACUACAUCUCGCAGAUCCUCAACGGCACUUACGGCCCUUACAUGAUUAAUCCUACAGAGGGUAACUGGAAGGGCAAAGUCGGCUAUUUCUGGGCUGGACUUUCUCUGUUGACCUUCACUUGGGCCUACUUCCGUCUUCCCGAAACAAAGGACCGAACCUUUGAGGAGAUCGACAUCCUUUUCGCCAACCAGACUGCUGCUAGGAAAUUUGCUGAUACCAAGGUCGAUGCCUACGCUGAUGAUUCUGAGGGGCGAAUCAUCAAAGAGACUGAUGUCUGA